AUGGCUCUCAUCGCACGGGAAUUCCUCGUUGGUAGGACUUUGAGCAGCGUUGUUGCUAGUAGUAUAGCAACCCCCACAGUGACAACUGCUCCGGCAAUCACUUCAUGCAGUCUUGUUCAUCAAGAUACCACUACCUUCAAGGACCCGUUGGGCUCGGUGAUAUCUCUCUCAUCAACAAUUGCUUGCACUUGCAAUGACGAUUGGAUGGCCGGCGUAGGAACCACCGUUGGAAGCGAUAAAAGUAUCACAUACACAUGUGAAGUUGGGAAGAGUACAACCAUCGCGGUCAGCACCGCAGCACCAAGUGCGGCGCCGGUCCCUACACAAUGUGCAAACGGCGCCAAUCCUGAUGAAUCCUGCUUCAACGCAUUGGACCUCCCUGAUUUCAUCACAAACUGGUGGAAGGGUAAUGAAUCCAAGUGUGGAGAUUACGACGGAUUCGCUGACUGCUGGUACGCGAAGAUGACGCCGUACUCACCAUCUAAAUGCGAUCAACUAAAUACCGACCCCGCCUGCACUCAGCCAUUAUGGAAGGACUUCAAGGGAUUUAAUGAUGUACAGAACUUCUAUGUGACAUGGUGUAUCUGGAAUACGCAGGGUUUCUUUCUUGACAUGUACAACGCGGUCGGCAACGCGGCGGGGCCGGUUUCUAAUGCUAUCGGAAGCAUCGAUCAGGUCACCGCACUUGACCCACCCAACGACUCCACCAGCCCAUGGGAAUAUGUCUUCACUGCACUCACGUUCGGAUUGAGCUUGUACUCUGAAGGGAGCGUUCUUGUGAAGGCCUUCCUACGAUCUAUGCCUCAGACAUCCACGACGCUUCAUAGUGUCAUGUUUCCUUCGGGUGACGUUAGUGGAGAUGUCACUGCUUGGGCAGAUGUUGCAGACGAGCUUGGCAAAUUCACAACCAAAUGGCAGAAGUCAAUCGGAACCGGUCUUCCCAUGGUUCAGAAUAACAUUUCCGCCUUCAUUCCGCUGCAUCAAAACACGCCCUUGGCUGGAGUUCGCCCCGCCCUCGACGAUCUAACUUCCACUAUUCAACAGUCAGUUGCUGGUUAUGUUGCAUCCGCUUGCCUGAACGACCUUAAUUGGGUCGUGACCCGUGGCGAAAAUAUUGAUGUCCGUAGCCUUCAGAAGGCCGGCAAUUUGAAUUGGGAUACUGGCUGUGAUUCCGAUUAUGAUGGAAAUGGUAUUUGUGACAGCUACUUUUACGACGGAACAGAUACAUACAGUAUCACGGACCCCCAGAACAUGGCCACCGACCAGAAGUCAAUUAUGGCGAAGCUUAUUGGGGGUGAAAGUCCUUUCACGACCGGUAAAAUCCUGUUCACUUCUGGUUUGAAAUGCACACAGACGUGCGGCAAGAAUGGAGGCUGUGCCCCGUCUUUGGAUUCGAGUGACCCUUCAUCGGCUAGCUGCCUCAGCACUGCUCGUGUCUGUACCUGGACUUGGAGUGAUUAUGGACCGUUCCAAGCUGGCUGUGCUAACCUACCAGACAAGAAUGCUGUCCUGCCUCGCUUUGGCGUAGAUCCAUGCGUGGGAAGCGACGAUAUGAGCCGCUCUGUACCUUGGUCCUACCUUGGAGGCGGUAUCGUGGACAACGACGCUCCUGGGUGGUGGAAUGGUCAAAGUGUCUGCCAUAACCACUAUUGA